CAGGAGAAAUACAGAGGGUGGCAGAACCACAGCAUGGUUCAUUACUUUAAUGGCUUUGCGAGCCUUUGCUUUGAGAGAUUUGGAAACUGUGUGAAACACUGGAUAACGUUUAGUAACCCGUGGUCAGUGGCAGUAGAGGGAUAUAAAAAAGGAGAACAUGCUCCUGGCCUGAAGCACAGAGGCACUGCGGCCUACAGGGCCGCCCACAACAUUAUCAAGGCACAUGCCAAGGUUUGGCAUAAAUAUAAAUCGUGGCAAAGCAAACAAAAUGGUGUGGUGGGCAUCUCUCUGUCUGGAGACUGGGGAGAGCCAGUGGACAUCACUAGCAAGAAGGACAUAGAAGCAGCUGAGAGAUAUGUCCAGUUCUACACGGGCUUCCACAGAGACUACCCUCAAGUCAUGAAGGACUUCAUAGGGAGGAAGAGCAGUGAGCAGGACCUGGGAGCAUCUCGCCUGCCAACCUUCUGCUCAGAAAAGAAUUACAUUAAGGGCACCUGUGGCUUCCUGGGGGUGGGACACUUCACUACGCGCUACAUCACCCAGAAGACCUUCCUCCCAGGCCAAACCAACACCUACUUUACUGAUCGACACUUGGCAGAGCUGGUGGGCCCCCGCUGGCCUGAUCCUGGCUCUCAGUGGCACUACUCUGUGCCGUGGGGCUUUCACUGCAUGCUCAGCUUUAUCAAGACUCAGUAUGGGAAUCCAAAGAUCUAUAUCACUGAAAAUGGAGUCUCUGAGAUGAUGAUGUGCACAGAACUGUGUGAUGAUUGGAGGAUACAGUAUUACAAGGACUACAUCAACGAGAUGCUUAAAGGCAAGCCUGGCCAAGUGGCUGUGAAGGGCUACACGGCCUGGUCUCUGCUGGAUAUGUGUGAAUGGGACGAAGGCUACUACGAAAGCUCAGGCCUGUACUAUGUGGACUUCAGGAAUAAGAAUAAAUCACACUACCCUAAAGCCUCUGUUCAGUACUACAAACGCAUCAUCAACUCCAGUGGAUUCCCUAACCAACGAGAGGUUGAAAACUGGAGGAGAGAAGCCACAGAGACAUGUACAAGCAGCAACCAGAUUCCGGCUGCAGAUCCCUUGACUAGCCACAUGGAGAUGGUAACGGAGAUUGUGCUCCCCACCAUUUGUGUCCUCUGUAUUCUGAUGAUGGCAGUUGUUUUAAUGCUCCUCUUUACAAGAUGCAACGAGCAUGUCUGACCUCAUAGAGA